UGGCCAUCCUCACUCACAGGGCGCCGGGCAGGGGCAUCGGCCACCCCGGUGCAGAAAUAAAGGGCUAUGCUGCCCGGUUCUCGGUGUCUGGCGGGGUUCCGGGUUGUGACAGGUUUAUAAAUUAGCGCCAUUGACUCAGUGUACGGUUUGUUUUAAUUUUUCAGGCGCCGCGCACGGGCCGUACCUCCACCGCUGGAUCUGCCGCGACCAUGCCUCGUAUGAUUGCUGAAAUCAAAGAUUUCUUGCUAACAGCAAGAAGAAAGGAUGCAAAAUCUGUGAAAAUCAAGAAGAACAAAGAUAAUGUAAAAUUUAAAGUACGGUGCAGUAGGUAUCUGUACACACUAGUCAUCACAGACAAAGAAAAGGCUGAAAAACUCAAACAGUCCUUGCCCCCAGGUUUGGCUGUCAAAGAACUGAAGUGAAGAGCUGCAAUUUCAAUGUUCAGAUUUUAUUGAAAUAAAAAAUGACAAAAA